AUGGCUUCAUUAACGGUUGUUGGACUUUCUAUCCUCGGUGCAGGUUUAGCAGGUCGAGUGGGAUAUCAAAUGUUCCGAGCGUCAGCGGGAGGUGCGGAUAAAUUUCUGAAAGGUGGAUUCAAGGGUAAGAUGGAUAAAGCAGAGGCUUUACAGGUAUUAGGAUUGAGAGAUCCAAUCACGUCGAAUCGACUGAAAGACGCUCAUAGACGAUUGAUGCUUGCCAAUCAUCCUGAUAGAGGAGGUUCACCAUACUUAGCAGGGAAAGUGAACGAGGCCAAAGCAUUAUUGGAGUGA